UAUAACAGAUACCAAAACACUGAUAAGGUCAAGCAGACCCAACAACAGGUCGAUGAGGUCACAGGAAUCAUGCAUGUCGCCAUUGGUGAUAUGUUGAACAACCAACAAAAGGUGUCAGACCUGCAAGACAAGUCGAAUAAUAUGAAGGAGGGCGCAUCACAGUUCAAGAAGAAGACUAGAGAGAUCAAGCGUCUGAUGUGGUGCAGAAACAUGAAGUUGACAUUGAUCAUUAUCUUGGUUGUUUUGAUCAUCUUGGCUAUCAUCAUUGUUCCAAUCGUCCUAAAGUUCACGUAA